UCGUUGCCUGGAUACCAGUUUUUUUGUUUUUCUUCUGUGAAGUGCAGCGAUCUAUUUACUUAUCCUUUCGAUGUUUUUUUGGCAGUCUGUAAAACGAUAGCUCCGAAUUCCUGUUGAAUCUGUCAGCACAGUCUACCGCACAACAACUUUGCCCAUUUUAGACGUGUUUUCACGGAUUUCAUUCAGUGGGCGGAGCCACGCUCACUCCAGCUGACGGUGACGUGCGAGGAAGUGGAGAUGCGUCGCCCAUCUCUUUUACAGUCUAUGGUUUCAGCUGAAGAAAGGUUAUUUAAGGCCAUUACUCUGACUGACUCCCUUACCAGUGUGCUGACUUGACUACUGAACUAGGGAGCUAGUUGAGACGCAACUAUAGAUUUAGUUUGGAUUUAUUUUUCUUUCUAUUAAUUAUUCUCUUAAAAGGUGUCCAAAUUCACAGAAAAACUUAAUUUGUGAAGCAGCUGAGAUUGACGUGACACUAUUAUAAAGAUGGCGUUUAUUAAAGAGGAGAGUGACGACAUGAAGAUUGAAGAAACAUUCAUAGUCAAACAUGAAGAUACUGAGGAACAAAUAAACGUGGUGUUUAUUAAAGAGGAGAGUGAAGAUAUGAAGAUUGAAGAAACAUUCAGAGUCAAACAUGAAGAUACUGAGGAACAAACAAACAUGGUGUUUAUUAAAGAGGAGAAUGAAGACAUGAAGAUUGAAGAAGCAUUCAGAGUCAAACAUGAAGGUACUGAGGAACAAAUAAACAUGGUGUUUAUUAAAGAGGAGAGUGAAGACAUGCAGAUUGAAGAAACAUUCAGAGUCAAACAUGAAGACACUGAAGAACAAACAGACCUGAUGCCCCUGAAAGAGAAAAGUGAAGAACUACAUGAAAUGGAAGGCAAAGAUCAAUAUAAGAAACAUGAAAAUUUUAGUUGCUCACAAACUAAACAGACUUUACAAAAGAGAGCUCAAAAGACAGGAACUAGAAGUAAUUUCAGUUGCCAACAAUGUGGAAAGAGUUUUAAUAAAAAAAGAACCUUUAAUAUUCACAUUAGAAUUCACACUGGAGAGAAACCUUAUACCUGCUCUCAAUGUGGACUAAGCUUCACUCAAAAAGGAACCCUUAACAGGCACAUUAGAAUUCACACUGAAGAGAAGACUUACACCUGCAAACUGUGUGGAAAUAGUUUCAUGCAAAAAGGAGACCUUAAAAACCACAUGAGAAUUCAUACUGGAGAGAAGCCUUACACCUGCCAACAGUGUGGAAAGAGUUUCUGUCAAAAAGGAAAUCUCAAAGUCCACAUGAGUGUUCACUCUAGAGAGAGACAUUUUAACUGCCAACUAUGUGGAAAAAGUUUCACUAAAAAAGAAAGCCUUGAAAUCCAUUUGAGAAUUCACACUGGUGAGAAACCUUACACCUGCCAACAGUGUGGAAAGAGUUUCUGUCAAAAAGGAAACCUCAAAGUCCACAUGAGUAUUCACACUAGAGAGAGCGAGUUCAACUGCCAACAAUGUGGAAAAAGUUUCACUAAAAAAGAAAGCCUUGAAAUCCAUUUGAGAAUUCACACUGGAGAGAAGCCUUACACCUGUCAACAAUGUGGGAAAAGUUUCAUUAAAAGAGGAACCCUUAAAAUGCACAACAGAAUUCACACUGGAGAGAAACCUUUUGUCUGCCCUCAAUGUGGCCUAAGUUUUACUCAAAAAGGAACCCUCAACAGCCACAUUAGAAUUCACACUGGAGAGAAGCCUUACACCUGCAAACUGUGUGGAAAUAGUUUCACUCGAAAAGGACGCCUCAAAACCCACAUGAGAUUUCAUACUGCAUAGAAGCCUUUUACCUGCCAACAGUGUUUAAAGAGUUUCUGUCAACAAGGAGACCUCAAAGUCCACGAGAAGCCUUACACCUGCCAACAGUGUGGAAAAAGUUUCAGAUGCAAAACAUCCCAGUCUUUCAGCUGCCAAUAAUGUGUAAAACGUUUCACUAAAAAGGGAAACCUUGAAGCCCACAGUUCUCAAUAGAGAAAAGCCUUUCAUAUGCCCUAAGAGUGGAAAGAGUUUCUCUCAACAAGGAAACCUCAAAGUCCACAUGAGUGUUCACACUUGAGAAGCCUUACACCUGCCAACAGUGUGGAAAAAGUUUCACAUGCAAAACAUCCCUUAAUAAUGUAGCGUAUCGGAGCAAAUAAGACAAUUUAAGAUUCAAUCAGAUUGGUGUUAAAACAACCCAAAGAGCCAAAUUCCACAAAGAGGCCCAGGAUAACAAGACAACAUCAAAACAUCAAAUUAUACUCUGCAAGAGUGGGAAAAUUCUGACCAUGUGACUGAUAAGGUAGCAAGAUAGCAACACCCCGAGCUAAGACAUUGUCUAACUGGUCAAGACACCAUUUGGGAUGUGUCCAACAGCCCAGUUUAAAAACUCAGAACACCAACAAAAUUAGCUUUUGCCACCACAGCUCUUCGCCAUCACAUUUUGCCACCGGUUUUUUUUUUUUUUUUUAGCGCUUUGAGCGUGCUCAGGCUUACAUGCCAGCUGCUCCAUACAUCAUGAGGAGAAAAUCCAUCUAGUCUCAUCACAUUCUUAUUUUUACUUCCAUUUAUUUUAUUUUCCGUUGAGUGUUUCGUAUUCUGAGUUAAGUUUUGCCGCAAAGUCCAACUCCUACUGUGCCAGCCUCAAAACUUCAACCAGCCACUGACUACGUUUACAUGGACAUCAGUAAUCUAAUUAUUUACCUUAUUCUGAAUAAGACAAUAUUAUGAUUAAGAUGUUUACAUGAGUUGCUUUUAGAAUAAUCAUUUCAUGUUCCCCUUUUUUACAUCUUACAGUACAUUGAUCGAUUAAUGGCAUGCGUCAUUACAUCACCAUGCGACGCCAUCCGACGUCCCUUCCAUUUCACGUAUAAACAUAUAGUUUGUCUUCGUGAUGAUGCCAUAUACAGUUUUGGGGGUUUAAUUUUUCAUUUUAUAAAAGCUUCAAGUGCAGUUAAUUAUUUGUACGUGCAUACAGACAACGGCGGUGUUGAAGCUCUUUUAUUUGCCGUCAAACGGUUGACCACUGCCAUGUGUGUAUCCUGUUGCAAAAUGUAGAGAAAAGUCCUACACGACGGUAAAUACUAAAAUAGGAAUACUCCACGUCUUAAUUCGAUUUGUGUUUACUUCAAUUAUAACUUUAGCCAGAUUAAGGUAAUCAAAAAUAUCUGUUCACAUGAUAGAUUCUUAAUCAGAGUAUUGUCUUAAUCGUAUUAAAAUCGGAGUAUUGUUGUCCAUGUAAAUGUAGUCACCAUUCGUCAGCCAAUGCCCAAGACAUCACUCCGAACAACUACUAAACCUCCAGCCAAUCAGCAGCCAAUGCAAAUAUCUCCGGAUUUUAGCUGAACUGGUGCAUUUAAUAUAAAGUUUAAAAGCCUCAUUGAGGAACUCAAUGCGAGGGUUAAUUAAGUGAUUGAUGGUUGUUCAGGUCUAAGCAAUUGCACAUAUUGCUAUAAACUUGGGAUUUCACAUUUUCACUCUCUUAAACUAAUUCUUUCCUCACUUUCUCUCUUCCUGAAACUUGUGUGAAUGUGUGGGAGUGUGUGUUUGUGUUAGAUUAGUUUCUAUGUCUUACUUAGAUUUAUCCAAUAAAGUAUUAUUUAUAUUGAAAAGAGAAGUAUCUUGUGUUUUGUGCCUACAAGUUAAUGUCUUAAACUGCCGAUCUUGUUACUGUGCUAAUUAAAAGUGUUUCCACUAUAUUUUGGAUUUUAAUAUCCAGUGCAAAGUUGAUGUUAUAUGUCCAAAUUUCCUAUUAAAUAAAAAAUAAUUCCCUUUGAGUUAAAUUGACCUGUUUCCCUUACAAUAACCACACAAGGAGCCAAUAACCACACCCUCUUCGACAUUUGCAUCAAUGAAUUGGCUAAUACACUAGAGCACUCUCCUACUCAAGGUCUCAGUCUACAUGACACAGAAAUUAAGUGCCUCCUCUAUGCAGACGACCUGGUUCUCUUGUCACCUACUAAAGAGGGACUUCAGGACAGCCUGAAUCUGCUGGAGGAUUACAGGUGCAUCUCAAUAAAUUAGAAUGUCGUGGAAAAGUUCAUUUAUUUCAGUAAUUCAACUCAAAUUGUGAAACUAGUGUAUUAAAUAAAUUCAGUGCACACAGACUGAAGUAGUUUAAGUCUUUGGUUCUUUUAAUUGUGAAGAUUUUGGCUACAUUUAACAAAAACCCACCAAUCUUAACAAAUUAGA